AUGAUAAAUUUUUUAAAACCUUGGAUGAACGUAAUGAAACGUAUUCAAUCUUCUCUAAUUCCAUCAAUUCAUACAGUUACACCAAGUAUAUAUAUAAUUAAUUCCUCAUUAGAAAUAAAAUCAAACGAUGCUAAACAAGACAAAGGUAUGGUGUUUUUUCGUCAACGAGCGAAACAAGCCAUAAAAGAAAAAAUUUCUUUUCAUCCUAUACAUCUUAUGGGAACUUUCUUUAAUCCUAAAACUAGGAAAAUGAAGCACUUAUCACCAAAACAACAAGAAGAAUGCAUCGAAUACGUUAAGCAUGAAAUGCUUAUGAUGGAUAUUGAUCAGCAUAGUCAAUCACCUCCAAAAAAGAAACAAUGUUUGGCAAAUACUACAUGUACAUAUAUGACAGAAUUUUAUUUAAAUACAGAAAAUGAUGAUGAAGAUUAUGCUGAUCAACAUAAACUAUCAAAAGCUGCAUCACACAUGAACGAAAUCGAUUUAUAUUUAAAACAUGGUUUUGAUAAAACGACAAUAACAACAGAUUUUGCCCAAGAAAACGAAGAAUUUAAUCCUCUAGCAUUUUGGAAGAAUAAACAUGGUUCGUAUCCUAUUUUGGCAAAGGUUGCUGCUCGAAUUUUAGGUGUACCAGCUACUAGCGCAGCCGUCGAACGUGAAUUCAGUUUCGCUGGUAACAUUAUUACGCAAAAGCGUGCAAGACUAUCACCAGAUACAGUUAAUGACAUUGUUUUCAAUCAUUCACUCAAUACGUACAAACAGCGAUUUAGUAACACAAAUAACAAUAAAUUUAAAAAAAUAUAG